AUGAACACCCUCGAAGAGCUGCUGUUUGGAUUGCUCUGCAGAGAGAAAAUGUCCCAAAGAAAAGAUUUGGAGAACCACACCGUUGGAUCUGGAUUCGUUCUUCUGGCAUUCUGUGACCACUCCAACCUGCAGGGCCUGUGCUUCCCAGUGUUCCUGCUCAUCUACCUGGUGGUGCUGGCAGGGAACAGCCUGCUUGCCCUCCUCACUGUGCUGGACUCCAGCCUGCACAACCCCACGUGCUUCUUCCUGAGGAACUUGUCCUUCCUGCAGGUCUGCUACACCUCUGUCACUCUGCCAAAAAUGCUGGUGUGUCUCCUGAGGGCAGAUGGCAGGAUCUUCCCUGGCUGUGCUGCCCAGCUGUAUUUCCUGGUUCUGCUGGGCAGCACCCAAAGCCUUCUCCUGGCUGCCGUGGCCUACGAACGCUGCAUGACCCUGUGCCACCCCCUGCCCUGUGCCCUGAGCACCUUCAGUGCCCCAAAAGAGUUCAGUGUCAAGAGCUCCUUCAAGCUGGAUCUGACCAAUAACACCACAACCAUCUCCUACUCAGGAUGCAUUGCACAAGUCUUUCUGCUUGUCUUCUUUCUCGGAGCAGAGUUUUCCCUCCUCACCGUCAUGUGCUACGACCGCUACGUUGCCAUCUGCAAACCCCUGCACUACGGGACCCUCCUGGGCAGCAGAGCUUGUGCCCACAUGGCAGCAGCUGCCUGGGCCGCUGCGUUUCUCACUGCUCUGCUGCACACAGCCAAUACAUUUUCCCUGCCCCUGUGCCAGGGCAAUGCCCUGGGCCAGUUCUUCUGUGAAAUCCCCCAUGUCCUCAAACUCUCCUGCUCACACUCAGGCUACCUCAGGGAAAUUGGGCUUCUUGGGGUUAGUGGUUGUUUUUAUUUUGACUGUUUCGUUUUCAUUGUUUUCUCCUAUGUGCAGAUCUUCAGGGCUGUGCUGAGGAUCCCCUCUCAGCAGGGACGGCACAAAGCCUUUUCCACGUGCCUCCCUCACCUGGCUGUGGUCUCUCUGUUUAUCAGCACCUCAUUCUUUGCCUACCUGAAGCCCCCCUCCAUCUCCUCCCCAUCUCUUGAUCUGACUGUGUCAGUUCUGUACUCGGUGGUUCCUCCAGCACUGAACCCCCUCAUCUACAGCCUGAGGAACCAGGAGCUCAAGGAUGCCCUGAGGAAACUAAUAACUGUGUUUUUCAGAAGCAACAAACUCUCCUUCUUCUGCAUGUUAUGCCUGGUCUAUGAUCUCAGGAGCUCCUGA